AUGGAUCGACAGAAUCUCCAGCAACAGGGUCAGCAGAACCAGCAGAACCAGCAGAACCAGCAGGACCAGCAGAACCGCCGACAGGAGCAAAGUCAUGGCCAACAGCAGCUACAACUUCGUCCGGCCGUAGACCAGCUUCGCGGGCAGCGUGGACGCGUUCGCCAACAGCGCUUAGAUCGCCUGUUCCAGCAGGAAAUAGAGCGUUACGAGCGUCGGCAGCAGCAGCAGGUGCAGCAAGAGAACGAUAAGAAGGAGCAGGAGAAGAAGGAGCAGGAGAAGAAAGAGCAGGCCAAGAAGAAGCAGGAGAAGAACGAACAGGAGAAGAUGGAGCAGGAAACAUGA